GGAGUUGCUCUACGCGUCGUAGCCUCUAUUUAACCCCCUCGUGAAGACUAUAUUACGAGUUGGCCUCGAGGCGAUUCUUUUGAUACCAAUUUUGGUUCGAUAGCCAAAGUUGUACAAUACCUGAUUCUGAUGCUCUUUGUCAUGUCACUGAUACCGGGGGCGGGAGGAGUUGAAGUAAUUGUGGCGUACAUUGUCACUAUUGUCACUACUUUACACACGAAUGAUAGCGUCGCUUGAGAAAUAGAGUUUCUGCCAUCCCGUCGUCUCCGCUCAAGCAUUUUAUUAUGGAGAGCAUCUUCUUCAAGUCAAUCAACUUGGGGAUUCUUGUGGAAAAGGAAAUAGUGGUCCAAACAAAUCAUGAAGUCGUUGGAGACUUGGCAGCGUCCCAUCCGCCAUCUAUCGUAUCUAUUGUUCACUCUGGGCACGACUCGAGGAGGGGAACUACAACUUCUGAGGCGCACGAGAGACCAUCGUCUCGUCCUCAAGGCAAGAUGGUUCCUCGUCCUGACGUCAGGGAGAAUGAAAAUUCUGAAGAGGGCCUUGCCGACUUUCUCCGUAGGGAGCCCCCUUCAGGGAAUUUUAUGUCGAUACCCGACGAUGUGAGCGUUUAUUCAGUCCAUAAGAAGUGGGAUAUGUUUAAAGUCUUUGGGAAAAGGCGAAAGAGUCGAAAGCACCAACCACCGCUUAUUAGACUUCCGGAUACAGCUAUUUCUGCUAGAUCUAUUAGCGGUCACCGAUACAUCGCCAUAUCGAUUCCUUCUGGUAAUUCGCAUUCCGAGUCAAUUCCUACCCAGCAACAUUCAGCACUAAGGCCUAUUGGAGUAAAGUCUCGCCAGGGAAUUGGGUCAGAACAUAGCCUGACGCCUGAUGAUAAUAUCCAGGCCCCGAGGCCUGUAACUGGGGAUCGUGAAUCACAAUCCUCAGCAUCGCUGGCGUCAAGGUCAUUGAGGCAACCAGAAGAAUUCACCUUGCUUGCACCCCCUCCUAGAAAGGUGUCUGCACUUUCAACGGUACCAUCACAAGAAGAAACCUAUUCUGCGAAGGGAAAAGAACCAGAUAAGCAGAAUAAGCCUAAGAGUAGCAUAUUAAGCAAAUUACCGAUAAGUCCUUUAGGGGUUAGGAGGACGACAUCUCUCGCCGAACGAGGAUCUAGGCUGUCUACAAGAAGUUUAGAACAACAGAGUGAGCAACAGAUGAAGGCACCAGACCUUGGACGGCUUGAAAUUGGAACAGUCCCUCAGAUAGUUGAAAGUCCACCUCGGAAACAGACUAUACAAGAAUCUGAGCCGAAGCAACCAGGACAAACUAGCGAUAGCUCUAUGGCGAGAGACAGGUCAAAGAAGGCCGGCAAAUCUCCUGGUAUUCCACGUAUUCUCUCGGCGAAUCGGUUGUCCAUACCAGCUUUGCCGGUACGAACUUCCAGCAAAAGAGCAGUAACAACAACAGCAGCUGAGCCUAGCGAGAUCGGUGAUGCUGCUAUUGAUCGACCGGCACCGAUUAAUGGAGCUACCACUGGUUCUAAUACCGGCGCCAAUGGAAAUGGGGUUGCAAAUGGACCUCGUGCGUCGUUUGCCGAGAGUUUAAUGACAGAAUCCUCGCCAAAGGUGUUAAAAGCAGAGACAGCCACAGCGUACCAUCCCGUCCCUAUAGUGGUUCGUUCGUCUUCACGGCCUGAGAUUAACUCCCCCCUGAAUCUGAAAUUCCCCUCUCCACCCACCACAAACAGAGUUAAUCGCUCGGUGCAGGCGAAUCUUUCACCACCUCCCGCCACAUCUGAAGAAACUACGAGUCGCAAGGAUCGUGUUAGGGAACGGAAGAAAAGAGAUAUGGAAAAGUUAAAGGCCCAGAUGCAUCGACCUCCGGCGUCACGUCUUCUCCGGGGUGAGCCACAAGCCGAAAAUGUCUGGCCAGAGUCUCCGGUGCCUGGCCGGUUUAGUCAAGACCCAGGUUUGCCGCCUUCUAGGCCGUAUUUAACGGGGAAAAUGUCAGAUAUCGGCCCUAUCAGACCUGGUAUUCAACUAAAAUCACCUUACCUAUCAGCAGAGGCUGUUGCGAAGAAGGGACGUGGGAGAAGUAUCAGUGCCCCAAUACUAACUAGUUCAUCUUCUCCAUCCUCUCCAUCCCCUCCCCUAGAAUCCCCAAGAGCGCCUUGGGAGGAUAACACAUCUUACUAUCGCCGAAGAGAACGGCAGGCAGAAAACGAAGAGGCAGCAGCAAGGAGGACACGAUAUGCAGCUCACGCACUAGCGGAGCAAAAGGAGACUCACGAAUGGGUGAUGCGACAGAAGCUUCGGAGACGGUACGAAAAGCUAAAGGAAAGCCGCACCAAAGACAUGGAGAAACGGCUGCGUCACGUAGAACGGAACGGGGAGGUCCUCAUGCAGACUUUAGUAUCUCUGACGGAAACUCUUAACACAUUGUUGCAAGACCGGCGCGCCUUACAACGCAGUGCUUCUUCGGCAUAUCCUGCACAUUCACAGCAUCAAAAACCAACCGAGGGACGCACUCAAUCCUUAAGGUCUGUACGCAGCUUUGACAAUUCGAUCCCAACGCUACGGCCACAACCGGAGCAGGGUGACCUCCCCUUUCGAAGAUACCGUCCUCGGAGCCUACGCCUUUCUGGGCACGGAGCCCAAUCAGGCAUGGGGAGGCGCCCACAGCAGAGCGGAGGAAGGGAAGAAAGCGGCGAGACGGACACCCGCGUGCGUCAGUCGGCAUUAGAAGCACUACAGGCGCAGUUGCAAUCCCAAUCUGGAUUUCCCCGUAGCGCUCGAGCCCGAGGGCCUUCGAGCUACUCUAGCAGCAUUAGCAAUACCCAUAGCGACGGAACUAGUAGCCUCGAGAUCGUAGAGCCGCUUAUGCGCGAACUUCAGGAAGCAGCAGGGCACGGCGUCGAGCGACGCCAGGGGGGGGGAGAACGUGCGGAAGAGGGCAGGAGGCCUUUUAGUGAGAGCGAGGUCUUUAAUCUUUUCUGA